AUGGACGCAGCCAAGGUGACCCCCACCACUCUGCCCCUGACGUCGACUGCCGCAGCCCAGCACCCCAUCAUGCAUGUGGUGCCUGGCCCAAAGGACGAUCAGCAGGAUCCCAGCCCUUCUGCUACAGGCGGCUCGGCCACCUCACCCAACGCUGCCCACCACGCCAACCCCGAGCCAUUCGCCGCUCUGAGGGCAUUCACGCAGCAAGUCGAUGCCGACAGACAGCAGCAGCAGCAGCAACAACAGCAGCAGCAGAGGGGUGCGUACGCGACCACCCUCUCCCCUGUGACCACGUAUCCGCUCCACCCGAUGUCAGCUCAGCCCUCGAUUAUAUCUCGGGGCCCGUCGCCGAGCCGGCUGGUGGCUAGGGGAGCGGGGGGAGCGAGGUCGCCGGGGAAGGUGUCCUUAGUGGCCAGCGGGAAGCCGCCAGCCGGGGGGCUCCAUGAGGGGUGAGAUCCACGGAUGGACGAUGCACCCACUCAGUGUGCCAGGCAUGGCAUCGGGUGGGGUGUCUUGUGUGUGAUGCCGGUGUGCUGUGCAGGAACGUGAAGCUUGUGCAGCCGGCCGUGCCCCCGGCUGGUCAGAAGUCAGUUGUUGAUUUGCAGGGAGGAAAGUCCAACAAGAUGACAGCGCUGAGGUAGCCGCUCACACACAUGGUCGUACAGCCGAAGUGGGCACGGCCGCUUCACCCUUCCUCUCUGCCUGUUUUGCUCUUGCCCAUCAGUGUUGAGUUGCCUAAGGGUCAGUCGAAGGGCUCUGAUGGGUCAGGGUCGGCCGCCGCCAACGCAGGACAGACACAAGGGUGAGGAGAGCAGACACGCCACUGCACACACAGCAACAGGAAGGGGGCUGUCUUCCUGGGUCCUGUAUUGCUUGCUUCUGGUGUAUCUAUCUAUGGUGCUUUGUGUGCGUCAGCACUUCGCAGCCCGUGUAUCAUGGCAUGUACCGCGCCCCCAGUGGGCCAUGCUUUCCAUUCGCACAGUCAUACCCAGGGUGGGUGGGUAACCACACACAGAAACACCCAGAACCCAUCCAAUCCACGUGUAAGGCCUCUCCCUCCCUCUAUAUAUCAUGAUUUCUCGAUGCAGCAACGGCCCUGGUGUAGGUCCUGAUGGUUCUACUACCGCGUCUCCCUUCUACCGCUACCCCUCCAUGCCCCCCACCUUCACAGCCAAGUACCCCAUCGGCGGCAGCCACCCGCCGGUAUCCAUGCAGCGGGCCAGCACUGACCCAGCAGCCCCAGACGGGAAGCCCAAGACCCCCAGCUGCUUCCCCAUGGCCACCGCCACCUACUCCCCUUUUGCCCCCAUCUCCCACGACCCGUUCGCCGUCUUCUACGCGCAGCACCCGCACACAGCCAACAUGUACACGCACCUUAACGGCGGGCCCACGCCAGCAGCACAAACAGCACCGCCAGCACCACCCCCUGCCCAGGGCAAGAAAGGUGGCAAGGGCAAAGGCGAUGGGGUGGCAGUUGUGGGCCAGAGGAGGAGUCCGAGGGUGGCUGGCCGAGGGGGUGCGGAAGUCGCGACCACCGGCAGCAAGGGCAAACGGGACAAGAAACACGAGAAGGGCAGGGAGGGCAGGCGCGCCAAGAAGGAGGAAGCGGGCAGUGGGGGCCAGGAACAGCAGCACCAGCAGCAGCAGCAGCAGCAGCCACAGCAGCGUCAGCUCAACACCAUCCCUCUGACGCUCCCCACUCUGCCCACCGCCCUCCCCGGGUCAGGGCUGUCCCUCACCACCGCCGCGCAGCGCAUCCUCAUGGGCACCGGCAGCCACUCUGACACAUCGGGCUCCUCCCCCGAGCCCCGCCACCGGCUUCUGUUUGCCAUGCCGCACAGUCAGGAGCUGCCCGCGUCGCCAUCCAUGCACCCCAUCCCCCUGCCCCAGCUGCGCGCCUCUCUCCGCAGCCCCUCUCCACCGAAGAGAAAGACCACCACCACCGCCCCCAAGCACCACCCCAAGCGGAAGGCCAAGGCGAAGGCCGAGGCGAGCGCCAAGCGAGGCCGUCGGCGGCAGGGCAGUAUGUCCCGGGUGCUGUGGCGGGGUUCGGGCGGCCGGUUCACACACAAGCCCGACGGUGAUGACGACUGGCAGGCAGAGGACGACGAGCAGGAGAGCGGUGCUCGGGGGUGGAUCCAGGUGGUCGUGGCGGACGCACCCGCACAGCAGACGACCGCAGAGGCGGGUGGGGGCGACCAGCCAGCCGCGGCAGCAGAGGAGCAGAAAAACGAGGGGGAGGCCGCGGCAGCAGCAGCAGCAGUAGUGAAGAAGGAACCUGGUGUUGCUGCGAUGGGUGUUGCGGGUGGUGUGAGGGGUGUGGGUGGCUCCACCAUGAUCGACACCAUUCGCUCGCGGCGUCGGCAGAAUCCCGCCCGCUAUCGCGACGACGGCCAGGACGAGGAUGGCAAUAACGACGACGACCCUUUCGCCUCCUCCCGAGGGGCCGGGCGCCGCAAGCGUGCGGCCAAGAUCAGGGCCACCAAGCAGCAGCAGCAGCAUGAGCAUUUGGCCAGGGGUCUGUACGAGGAGGCCUACGCCAGCCUGGAGGGCUACGUCGUCGGCUACAGUGCUGAGGAGGGCAUGGAGGGCCUGCCGGAGGACCACCCUGCACUCGCCGUCCAGCCGCCCCAGAAGCGGCCCAAGGGCAGGGGGGGCCGCAGGAAGAAGGACCCCGGACAAGAGGCCUUCUCACCUGACGACCCCUUCUUCGCAGCAGGAGCGGCCGCAGCUGCUGCAGCGGGCUAUGCCGACGAGCCGUAUGACGAGACGGCCGGCAUGGAGCAGAUGGACUACGGUGAGGAGGGGCUCGAGUGUCCCGGCUACACCGACCCAUUCGCAGGCUACGAGCAGCACCACCAGCAGCAGCAGCAGCAGCCCCCUCUCCUCCCAUCUGUGGGUCGGGGCGGCGGCCGCAGAGGCAAGCGCCGUUUGAAGCGGUCAGCGGCCGAGAGGGACAUGGACGAUUUCCUGUUUGGCGAUGACAUGAAUGAGGGCAUGGAGGGCGGUGACGACGAUGAGGAGGGGGGAGACUUCUUCCAUCACGGGGGCGACAUCCAGUGGGAUGCCAGCGGGGGCCAGCUGCCACCGCGCCGGCGGUUCAAGCCCCGCGCCCUGAGUGAGUUCCUGACAGGUGACCUUCUCCCCUUCCUCUCCAAGCAUGACAAGGCCGACCGCAAACCGCACCGGUCAUCCCGCAGAAAACGACGCCGCCGGCACGGUGGUGGCAGCUCGCCAGACAACAGCCACCUCUUCCACGGCACUGCUCUCCCCGUCCUCCCAUCCGAUUUCGGCACACUCGCUAUGCCCAAGAAGGAGGACGCCGAACAAGAGGCUUUCUCCCCUGACGACGUGGCCGGCGGUGAGGACCAGGAGGCCAUGUUUGGCGCGGCUGCGGACGAUGGUGCCGGUGCUGGUGAUGGUGACGGUGAUGUGGGCAUGGAGGGAGAGGGAGAGGGAGAGGGAGAGGGGGAGGAUGACAAUGAGGGAGUGGACGAGAGUUGGGAUGAGGGCGAGGGUGACCAUGAGGGCGGCGAGCUGCUAGAGGAGGAGAGCCCUGAUGGUGCUGAUGGUGAGAUGGAGGGCAUGGGCAUGGAGGAGCAAGAAGAGGACCAGCCGAUGGAGGAGGAAGACGAGGAGGAUGAGGAUGAGGAGGGAGAGGAACAGCUAUAUGACCAUGAGCAGGACCAUGAGCAGCAAGAGGAGCAGGAGGGUCAGCGUUUGUGUAUGACCCCACAUGGCCAUAUCGGAUGCACUGCACACUGACCAACCACACACACCCAGACAGACAGACAGACGGACAUGUUGGUUGAAGUCAACCAGACGAGUCGAGGAUUGUCGCUUUCUGUAUUCUUGUCCGCUUGCAGCGUGAACCUGGCUAGUCCGCGUGGAGCCUCCGGUCGCCUGCGUGGCGGGUGCGGGUGCCUGCCUGCCUCCCUGCCUGCCUGCAUAGCUGUUGACGGGCUGCUGCCGUGCCCAUGUGCUUGCCUGCCUGCCUGCCUGCCUGCCUGGCUGCCUCGUGUGAGCACCAUUGGACCCUCUUGUGUGUGAGCACACUAUGUACGUCCG